GGUGAACUGCAAAACUCAAUCUUAAACGAAGCUCCUUUUUCAAAGAACAGAUCAGCCCAAACUUCAAGCCCAAUAAACAGAGGCCUUCACUUCAUCUGUCCAUUCGAUCGGAGAAAAGUUGCUCAAGUCAAGUUUUCUCCCGCCCCGCCAUAUCUCACCGCCUUCAGUGACAGCCGGCAAUAAUUUGUCAAAAGGUCUUAAGUCUUUUGCCUGAGCGGCUGAGCCUUUUCCUUUUUUCCACUCUUCCCUUCAAAUACCCAAAAAUCGCUAUCAGUUUAGUUUCAAUGGCUACGGCCUCAGGUUCUCAAGAUCAAAGAAAACGCACUCUAGAAGCAUUGGAGCGAAGGUUUGCCGUCGCUAAAGCCGAGCUUCUUCAACAACAGAAGAAGAACAAAAGGACAUGCGUUGAGGAAGUUGGAAAAGAAACUCUUGGCAGUGAUCCUUCUCGUCUCAAUGCAUCCAUUGCUUCCUCCUCCAAUUCCUCAACAAAGAAAGGAAAUUUCUCCUUCUCGGGUCCCUCCACUUCGCAAGAUGUUGAAGAAAAUGGUCACGCGUAUUCCCAGCUCUCGGAACCUAUACAUGAGAAUUUGGUGCCAGCUAAUUCCAAGUUAUCUAACAAAAAAGGAAGCAUGGCUGAUAAGAUACUGCAUGAGCUUCUUCAAAGUGGGGAUUCGGCUCAGAAAUAUAUGCAAGGAACUAGAAGUAUCAAAAUUGACAAUUGGAUCCUUCUUGAUAAUUUCGUACAAGGGCAAGUUAUGUCUACAGGCUCUCACAUCAGGGCUUUGAAGAACCACUCUAAGCGCUCUAAAAGGCACAUGUCAAUGAAACAGCUUAAGAAAUCUGGAGUAUUUAAGUUGCCUCAAGCUAUUCAAAAGUUUGAUGCAUUUAAACCAAUGCAUGAAAUGUGGAAAGGCUACAUGAAUCAACUUCUUAAAAUUACUGGGAAAAAUCAGUUGGCUCAAUGUCUUUUUGAUGCAGAUCUACAUGGUGCUCUCAUUCUAGUGGCCAAGUGUAAGGUAACUAGUUUCACUGGAGUGAGUGGUAUUAUGAUUCGUGAGACUGCAGAAACAUUUGGUAUAAUUACCCAAGACAAUAAAUUUCGAGUUGUGCCCAAAAAGUUAUCUGUCUUCAUAUUCCAAGUUGAUUGCUGGAAAAUUACAUUACAAGGGGACAAACUCACUUCAAGAAACUUGGUCUUAUGAUAUUUAUGUUAAACAUCCCAUUUGAGGUGUUUCUUUUCAUUCAAGUUAGAUAGGAGAAUAUCAGAAAUUUUGUAGCAUUUUUAUCUUAAAAGAGAAUUUAUCAAAAGAAGAGAAUUGGUGUUCCUUACAGACAGGUUUUCCUAUGAAUAUGGUUAAAGCCAUACUUUCAUUGUUUUUUAACCUGAUGAAGCUUCUAGGAUUUUAUGGUUAUGGAAAAAGUUUGAAGCUGUACAGUAAAAAAGGGAAAUUUUGUAUUAUUCUUUUGUUGCAUCAAAUGUGAUAAAUUUUCAUAUUACUUAUUGCUUCUGGAUUUAGAUCUUUUGAAGCUAGGAAAAUCGAAAACUUAUGCUUAAGUAAUUUCCAGGCAACUGUACACUAGUACCGCAUCCUUUCUCCAUUUUUCUAUAGGAUAAUUGAUUUUUCCUUUUCUCUCGUGUUUGUGUUUAGUGUGUCAGUGUGCAUGAAUGGAAGGUUUUGAGUUGAAAAGCUGACAUGCUAAGUAAAGGGCGAAUGGAAAGAGGGACUGGUUCAGACUCUAGCUUUUGGGCAAUAAGUUUUAACUUUCAAGCGCCUUCCAAAAAAAAAAUGCUGAAAGGCCAUAUUCAAAACCCAUUUGCAUCUUUAAAUUGGUUCUAUUCAUGUUUCAUCCUGUUACCUUAAGUGACACUGCAACCAUGGAAAUGUACACAAGCAUGUGUAUAAAUACAG